GCAGAGAGGGGGAGCGAGAGUCUAAGCAGAAGGGAGGAACAAUAGAGAAUCAAAGUAUAAUGAUAUUCCUAAAUGAAGAGGGAAAUGUUGCCGCACUCAUUUUAUUAAUCAGACUGUCAAUUUCACCCCAGAGGCCAAACCCAGGAGCCAUCUAAAGCAGACGCAGAUCAGCGACGGGACAGCAGCUCCUCUCUUCACUUCUCCCCUCUCUCUCCACCUGGAUAUGAGGCUUUGAGCGAGCUCAGCCUGACUACAUCAUUCCUCUGACAUUCCCGCUACUAUUUAUUUGCUUAUAAACCUGUUACAAUAAAUGAUCAUUCGAGAAGCGUCACGCGCACCUUUAACGACGAAACCGCGAUCCACUUUUUUUUUGAUAAAUGACAUUUCGGACAGAAUAGGAUGCACGGGUCAUUUUGAGCAGUCAUUCGUUGCCCGCAUUGGCAUUCGUCUGUUCUUCUUUUUUUUCUUUCGUCUUGCCCAUAAAGGUGUUUGAUUAUUUAGUGCCAGUAGCAGAGCUGACGGCGGAUUAGCUACGCCACAAAUUCAUCGGAGUACCAGCGGCGCUGGGACUUGGGCUUUUUUCUCCCUCCUGCGCUACUUCUUGAUGGAGAGGAUAAGAAAAGAGAUGAUUCUGAUGGAAAGGGGGCUGCACAGUCCCGUGUCAGGCAAGAGGAUCCCGAAUCUUUCUGAGACGAACGGAAACGCGGUGCUCGAGGCCCUCGAAAAUUCCCAGCACGCAGGGCGACUGAGCCCAAGAAUCACUUCCGCUUCGCUGCACGCUAGCCUGGGAGACGUACCCAGCAAAGGCAAAUUCGAAAUAGACAGCUUAUUCGGAAACCACCACGCCAACGACAACAGUUCUUCAGCGGAAAUCUCCUCGUCGGAAAACAGGAAGAAAUCAAGUCUGUAUCCUGAAGUUUCUACAGACUCCGAAAUGAAUAGCGAUGUGGAAGUGGGCUGCCCGUCUCAUCGCUCCCCAAGCAGUGCCAGCCAACACAAGGAAAACAAUAAUAAAGGUUUCUCAGACAGUAAUUCGGGGACCUCUAACUCGAGUUCUUCAUCUGUCUCCAAUCAUAACGGAAACUCCAUCGGCAGCUCGAGCAGCUCAAAUGCGGAUCAGGUGCGCCGAUACCGGACUGCUUUUACCAGGGAACAAAUCGGGAGAUUGGAAAAAGAAUUUUACAGGGAAAACUACGUUUCAAGACCCAGGAGAUGUGAGCUAGCUGCAGCGUUGAACCUACCUGAAACAACUAUAAAGGUGUGGUUCCAGAACCGGCGAAUGAAGGACAAGAGGCAGCGCCUGGCCAUGUCCUGGCCACAUCCGGCCGAUCCCAGCUUCUACACUUACAUGAUGACGCACGCAGCCGCCACCGGAAGUCUGCCGUACCCGUUCCAUUCUCACAUGCCCCUGCACUACUACCCGCACGUGGGCGUUACGGCCGCGGCGGCUGCGGCUGCGGCCUCUGGGGCCGCAUCAUCACCAUUCGCCACCUCCAUCCGGCCCCUUGACACAUUCCGAGCACUCUCCCAUCCCUAUUCGCGUCCUGAGCUGCUCUGCAGCUUUCGGCAUCCCGGACUGUACCAGUCGCCGGCGGGCCUCAACAGUUCGGCUGCAGCAGCGGCUGCGGCGGCGGCGGCGGCGGUGAGCGCACCUUCAGCAAGCGCGUGCUCAUGUCUCAGCUGCCACAGCGGGGGCGCGCUCAGCUCACGCAGUGCGGGCUCGGACUUCACAUGCACAGCGAGCGCGCCCAGGUCCGAAAGCGGAUUUCUACCCUAUUCGGCUGCCGUACUGAGCAAAACCGCCGUGCCCUCACCAGACCAGAGAGAGGAAAGCGCCCUCAAUAGAUAACUUGACACUUGAACAUGUAACGAAAGCUACUUUUGAUCUACAUCGUGUUGUUAGCGCAUUUAAACUACUAAGAACUUUUUUCAAAGCCAUUCCAAGCAGAACCAUUGUCCAAUCUAUAAAAAUACAAAUAUGUUUUAAAAAAAAAAACAUAUCCGGAACCAGCGCCACAUGCAAAUAAAAAAACAUAAAAAUAAAGAUUCGGUAUCGUGAAAAAUACAUGGCUAAAUAUAUAACAGAUGUAUGAUCCAGUUUCCAUGAGAUACCCCCC